AUGCCUUCCAUCAUCUCACCUCUGUCCCCCGACCCGUCGGUGCCGGCCUCCGCCAUGCCUUUGAUCUCUCCCAAUGCCCUCCUCUACGCGCACCUCAAACAGAGUCCGCCGAGACGCCCCUCGAGCAGAACACCCUCUGAACCUCGACCGAUCCAGCUCAACGUAGGCUCCCUGGCACACUGCAAUGGGUCCUCGCUGGUCAAGAUCGGCGCCACCACAAUUGUCUGUGGAGUCCGCGCCGAGAUUCUGCCCGUCACCGAGAUCCCCAGCUUCAGAAUCACAAAGGCCGGCGCUUCAUAUACACCGACGGCUCCUGUAGUGCGGGAUACUCGGUAUCAAGGCGACACCGAGAAAGAUAAUAAAGAAGAGGAUGAGGGGGAGUACUCGCCCAUUUCGCUUUACAACUUGGUUGUCCCAAACAUCGAGCUAGCCACCGGCUGCUCACCGAGACACCCUGCAAACGCAGCACCUUCGACCGAAGCCCAGUCCAUCUCGCAACGGCUGCUGUCGCUACUGCACACGUCGCAGCUGGUCCGGUCUUCCGAUCUCGAGAUCAUCUACACGCCGCCCGCGCAGGCCGAGGAUCUGGAGCUCGGCAUCGACACCGAUCCGCAACUGAAAGCCUAUUGGACACUCUACGUCGACAUGAUGUGCAUCAGCCAUGGCGGGUCGGUCUUCGAUGCCGCGUGGCUGGCGCUCUAUGCUGCCCUCAAAGACACAAUCAUCCCGAAAUCAUGGUGGGACGCCGAUUUGGAACAAGUGCUCUGCUCGGCUGAAGUGGCAGAUGCGCGGAAACUCAGUCUGAGAGGGAUCCCUGUGCCGAGCAGUUUUGGCGUCUUUGUCCCCGAGAAGAGGGUGCUUGGUCAAGACGGCCACCAGGAUCCAUAUUGGGUGCUCAUGGACACGGAUGGAUUUGAGGAGGAGGCGUGUGCCGAGACCGGAUGUAUCACUGUCGAUGCUGGCGGUGGGAAGGGAUCAUCGUUAAUAUUACGCAUUGAGAAGAACGGUGGAUCUAAUGUUGGCGUGGAGGAAAUGGUCAACAUGGUCACGUUGGCUGAGCGGAGGUGGCAGCAAUGGAAAACCGUGCUGGACGCCGCAUUGUCGAACAGCUAA